GCGCCAGGCGCGCAGUGCAGGUGCUUAGGUAAAGGCGUCGGGCACGAGGGUCCCGUGCCAUCUCAGUGACAUCACAUCCUGCGCGCAGCGACGUCAUUCUGCACGCCUCCGCGGGAGCCUCCGAGGCUUCUAUGGCCGUGGAUAACAGCGCCGAAUGUCCCCUGACAGCAGGCUGCGGCUGCAGGCCGCCCACGGCCGGCGCGGCCCGACGCUUUCGGCAAAGCCAGACGUCGGCUGUCGGCCUGGGACGCGCCGGGCGCGAAGCGACCUGGGAAUAGGAUGGGGGAGCUCUCGCGAGAGGAGCAAAGGAAGAUGGCUGUGCCCUGUUUUUCCCCGUGAGGCCGUGGUGGCGGCGACUGCGGCGGCGGUGACUAGACUCUCGGCGUCUCGGGCCUCGGCACUCCGACUCCUCCCUCCUUCCCUGUCUCCAUCCCCCUCCCUUCCCCGCCCCCCCCCCGCGAGAAAUACUCCUUUACAUCUUGCUGUGAUGUUAGGAAAUAAAGAAUGUGCCCAUUUACUUUUGGCUCACAAUGCUCCAGUAAAGGUGAAAAAUGCUCAGGGAUGGAGCCCUCUGGCAGAAGCCAUCAGCUAUGGAGAUAGACAGAUGAUUUCACUGCUAGGUGACUUUUAUCUAGAACUUCACUGGGAUUUUCAAAGCUGGGUGCCUUUACUUUCCCGAAUUCUGCCUUCUGAUGCAUGUAAAAUAUACAAACAAGGUAUCAAUAUCAGGCUUGACACAACUCUUAUAGACUUUACUGACAUGAAGUGCCAACGAGGGGAUUUGAGCUUCAUUUUCAAUGGGGAUGCGGCACCCUCUGAAUCUUUUGUAGUAUUAGACAAUGAACAAAAAGUUUAUCAGCGGAUACAUCAUGAGGAAUCAGAGAUGGAAACAGAAGAAGAAGUUGACAUUUUAAUGAGCAGUGAUAUUUAUUCUGCAACUUUAUCAACCAAAUCAAUUUCUUUCACACGUGCCCAAACUGGAUGGCUUUUUCGAGAAGACAAAACAGAGAGAGUAGGAAACUUUUUGGCAGACUUCUAUCUGGUGAAUGGACUUGUUUUAGAAUCAAGGAAAAGAAGAGAACAUCUUAGUGAAGAGGAUAUUCUUCGAAAUAAGGCCAUCAUGGAAAGUUUGAGUAAAGGUGGAAACAUAAUGGAACAGAAUUUUGAGCCUGUUCGAAGACAGUCCCUUACCCCUCCUCCUCAGAACACUAUUACUUGGGAAGAAUAUAUAUCUGCUGAAAAUGGAAAAGCUCCUCAUCUGGGAAGAGAACUAGUGUGCAAAGAAAGUAAGAAGACAUUUAAAGCCACAAUAGCCAUGAGCCAGGAAUUUCCCUUAGGGAUUGAAUUAUUAUUGAAUGUUCUAGAAGUAAUAGCUCCCUUCAAGCACUUUAACAAGCUUAGAGAAUUUGUUCAAAUGAAGCUUCCGCCAGGUUUUCCUGUAAAAUUAGAUAUACCUGUAUUUCCCACGAUCACAGCCACUGUGACUUUUCAGGAGUUUCGAUAUGAUGAAUUUGAUGGCUCUAUCUUUACCAUACCUGAUGACUACAAGGAAGACCCCAGUCGUUUUCCAGACCUUUAACUGACAUGCAAAAUGAUACUAUUCAACCAAGAACAAGAAAAACAGACUCCCAGAAAUGAAUCCAAGUAGAAGGGACAAAUGCUUUCAGUAAAGGGAAUUAUAUGUUGAAUUGACACAUCAGUAAUAGGAUAUAAAGAAAUGGGCCUCUAAUAAGAAUUUCAGCAAGUUUUCUGAUGUGCCAUUUUCAGUCUUUUUAAAAGUAUACUUAAUAUAAGUGUAAUAGUUUGACCUUAAUGACCCUAAGACCUUCGUAUGUAAAGCAGCUACCAGUGCUGUGAUUUGUUUUUAAAGAUUUUUACAUUUCUUGUUGAAAUAUAUAUGCAUAUAAAUAUAUCUAUAUAUCUAUAUAUCUAUAUCUAAAACACUCCUGGACCAUUAAUGUAAAUUAAAUGUCUUAAAAGAGAUAUGAAACCCUUUUAAACUCGUCAUCUUAUAUUCAAGGUGACAUAAAUAUUUGUUCGCUUUGUUUUCACAAAAUGUAAACUCUGUAACAUUAUGUAUAGUUCAGUAAUUUGAAUGUUUGUUCAAUAUAAUGAACUAGAAGGAAUGCAAUUUUCUGUAGAUGAAUGAACCAAAUGGUAACCAUUAAAUAAUUGCAUUUAUAUGUUGCAAUACAUUUCAGAGGGAGCGUUCACGCUGCAGGGAAUAAGGUACCUCUUUUAGCACCUUAGUGCAGUUCAUUGUGGUGCUAUUUGUUUUUACCUGAAUUCUUUCUUCAAUGGAAAAUGUUAUUAAUCUUCCUUUCAUAGAACCUCUAUUUUUUGUUUUCUAAAUUAGUUUAAAAGUCCUUGUUAUGUUCAGAUACAGUAUGGUUAGCAUGCUUAAGAUCCUCUUCCAAGUCUCAGCACUUUAAACAAAUUCCAGGUUUUUAAACUUGCUUCCUAAAAAGUGCAUAUAAGUCUGAUGAGUAUGUUUUUAGUGGAAUAUGGAUUACAUUGGUGUCAAUUUUAAAAAACAACCCACAUAUUUUAGACAACCUUACAUAUUUAAUGCUUUCAAUAUAAUGUUAAAAACAUUUUAUAUGCUAACAAUAUAUUUGUUACAAGUUAUAAAGUUCAGAAGUGUA